CACAAUCCCAGAGCCAAGACAACGGCUGAAGAUAAAAACCUCCACACCUGAACACACCACAAGAGAGAUAUGGACAGGAGCACUGUGAAACACUGAGGAGAAGGCACCUGGAGGAAAUACAAGGACGGAGAGGAAGAAGUAGAAGAACGUCUGAGUUAUUAUUUUUCCUUGAAUCACUUCAUUUACUCUUGCUUUUCUAUUUUUACCUGGAACAAGGAAAAAACCCCAUCAACAGAGCUGAUUUUUUAAAGCAAUUUUUGAAUAUUUGAUUCUUUUUUAGCUCAAUUUGUGUGGACAUUUAGCACAUAAAACAAAACAAGGGCUACUUUAGAGGAGAGGAGAGCAGGCAAGAGGCAAGAGAGAGGGUGAGGGAGGGGGAGGAGGAGUGAGGGAGGGAGAGAGAGUGUGUGUAUGUGAGCCUGUGACACCGAGAUGUUCAUGAUCAUUCGAGAGCCGUCCGCCGCAGUAGGCGGUGCUGGAGCGAUGAGCGCGCCACAGGAGAGGAGUGCAAAGCAGGUGCAGGCCGCCAUCAAGAAGAAGCUGGAGAAGCAGAAGAAGCGAACCAACGACGGUGGUGUUGCAGACAUCCAAACUGUUACAACUCCUCGCCAGAAACCUAGUCAGUUCCCCCCAGCGGCGGCUGCUGAGGAUGACAGAGAGUUGCUGGACGAGGAGCUGGAGGAGCUGAUGGAGGGACCACACAGGAGAGAGAAGGAGAAAGAGGAGGAGGGGGAGCCCGUCGACCUGCUGCCCAUCGUUGACUCUGUGUUUGGACAGGACAGAGAGCUGAGACCAGAGGAGAUUGACGAGCUCCGUGAGGCAUUUGUGGAGUUUGAUAGGAACAAAAAAGGCUACAUCAGUCACAAAGACCUGGGGGAGUGUAUGAGGACGAUGGGAUACAUGCCGACAGAGAUGGAGCUCAUUGAACUGAGCCAGCAGAUCUGUGGGGGUAAAGUGGACUUUGAGGACUUUGUGGAGCUGAUGGGACCCAAGAUGCUCGCAGAGACAGCGGACAUGAUCGGAGUCAAAGAACUACGGGAUGCAUUCAAAGAGUUUGACUCUAACGGUGACGGUCAGAUCAGUUUAAAUGAGCUGCGUGAAGCCAUGAAGAAGCUGAUGGGAGAACAAGUGACCAACAGAGAGAUCAACGAGAUCCUGCGAGAUGUCGACCUCAACGGAGACGGCCUGGUGGACUUUGAGGAGUUUGUGCGAAUGAUGUCCCGCUGACCCGGCCCAGCUGCCCACAUGUCAGAUGGACAGACAGACAUUAUGCAACUGCUGGAUUAGAGAACACACUACAUUGUAGUGAACAUGCUUCAUCUGCUUGUAACAGCACACAUCUAAAAUUAUAUUUUUCUAUUGCAUGAAGAAAAAAGAAUAAAAGGCUUUGAAUUGACAAAUCAAGCCGACAUUUAACACGACUAUCCACAUCUUAACUCCACGAUGAAGCACUUUAACAGCUGUAAAAACAUAUCAAAAGCUUCAUUGGAAACAUUUAUGACUUUGUGUUUUUAGAUGUAUUUUUAUAUAUCAAUGUUUGAGCUUUGAGUGUAAAAAUCUUUUUUUUAA